CUGUGUGCGUGUGUCCGUCUCUCUGUUCGCUCGGUUUGUUAAGUGUGCUGGGAGGGAAUAACAAAAGCGCCUCUGGACACCUUGCAUUCUUUACAUCCGGACCGUGACAUCAUCGCCUCUCGGGUUUCAGUGGCUCUACUACAGACGCACGCGGCGCAGCAGUCAGCGCGAGUGCUUCUGCCCCGCGAGCACAGCAGCAGCAGCAGCAGCAGCAGCGGACUGAGCGCACUUCACAACACAAAGUAACAAGAAAGUCUCGCGUCGUUACGUCUGAGGUUCACAUUUGGAUAAAACGGUGACUUGUUUUUCUUCACGCGCGACUGCCUGGACAUUCAUGGAAGCUUUUCAUUUCAUAAUGAGCGGAAGGUGACCUGCAAGCAUCCUGUCUCAAACUUACCCUCCCAAGACAACUGCAUCUUUGUCGUCAACGAACAAUCUGCAUCCAAAGCGCCGGCGAAUGAAAAGAAAGAACGGCCACUAAGCACCAUGAGUGAGGCCUCCAACUACACAGGCGGCUCGGACUAUGCCGCAAACCCCAGCAGCCCAGCGGGAAGACCAUCAAGACCCUCCAAGAAAAUUCACAACUUCGGGAAGAGAUCCAACUCCAUCAGGAGGAAUCCCAGUGCCCCAGUAAUCAAGAGAAACUGGCUUUAUAAACAGGACAGCACAGGGAUGAAGCUGUGGAAGAAGAGGUGGUUUGUGCUGUCUGACCUGUGCCUCUUCUACUAUAGAGAUGAAAAAGAGGAGGGGAUACUUGGCAGCAUCCUCUUACCAAGCUUCCGUGUUUCAAUGCUGUCAGUGGAUGAUCACAUUAACCGAAAAUAUGCCUUCAAGGCGACACAUCCCAACAUGCGGACAUACUAUUUUUGCACUGACACAGCCAAAGAGAUGGAGUCUUGGAUGAAAGUAAUGACAGAUGCUGCACUUGUGCAUUCAGAGCCUGUCAAAAGGUUGGACAGGCUAAAAGUGGAGCAGUGUGGACCACAAGAGAUCAACCAUGUGGCCAACCACAGACUGCCACUCACACAGCCUGAAAUCCAGAACAAUGAACUCAACUGUGAGGCUGACCGUGAGCGCACUGCAGCAGUCACCUCCACCACAGCAGAGGAAGAGAGGAAGCAGCGAGACGCCGAACGCUACGGCUUUCAGAAGGAUGGGGAAGAGCGUGAGCGCCCACUCACCAAGAUCAACAGUAUCAAGCUGCAGCCAGCCCAGGCAGCAGCCAUCAAGGCUAACAUCACCUCACCGCAGACUCCGACAGAAAUGGAUGGCUUACACCGCAGCCCUCAGGUCAAUGGAUCUGGUGAGCAGUGUCCAGCUGAUGGGACUGGAGUCCCUCCUCAGCGAAGUCCCACCCAUGAGCCAGACCGCGCCCUGAGUAGGACCAGCUCUAUGCAGCAACUAGAACAGUGGGUCCGCACACAAAGAGGACGCAACCAGGAUGAUGACACCAGGAGCAUUACGUCAUACCAGACGCUGCCAAGAAACAUGCCAAGCCAUCGGGUACCCUAUAUGCCUCAUUAUGGCGAUGGCUAUUGCAGUAUGCCCAGAAAUAGCAUGGCCCAGCGGGACAGCAUCUGCAGCAUAUCGCCAUCGUUGUAUGACCAGGCCCUGGGUCCCUCGUCGGUUGACAAGCGCCGCUCCAUGCGCGACGACACCAUGUGGCAGUUAUUUGAGUGGCAGCAAAGACAGGCCUACGCCAGGCCGGCGGGGCUCUACAGCAAUAUGGCCAGUCCCAAAACCAUGAUCAACCUGUCAGAGCACGCUGCACCAAGCCACUCCAUCCCCCCAUCGCCCUCCCACGGCUCCCUGUCUAUGUACGGUGGCUACUCUCCGAUGCGUUCCUACAACAUGAACAGUGCUCGUACCGAGGUGUCCUCUCCCAUUUAUAGAGGAGACAUGAGCAUCGACAGACGGCACAGGCCACCAAUCAACAAGUAUGCCUACCCACCUGAUAGGAGGUCAAUGCCUGCAGGGAUCCCAGUCCAGACUAUCACUGCCCAGUCUCUCCAAGGCAAAACACCUGAGGAACUGACUCUGCUGCUGAUAAAGCUGCGGCGGCAGCAGGCAGAGCUAAACAGUAUCCGGGAGCACACUGUAGCACAGCUUAUGCAACUUAACAUGGAUGGCGACAACCCAAAGAACGACAUUCUCUCCCAUCACCUCCAAAGGAACCUCAUGUAUUUGGACAAUCAGUUGAGUCCAGAAGGCUACAGGGAGCACCCUUAUACAUGCAUGCCAGAGGAGGUGGAUAUUGAUACCAAACUUAGCAGGUUGUGUGAGCAGGAUAAAGUGGUGAGGACACAGGAGGACAAACUUCAGCAGCUGUACAGAGAGAAGCACACCCUGGAGACAGCGUUGCUUUCUGCCAGCCAGGAGAUAGAGAUGGGCUCUGAUAACCCUGCUGCCAUCCAGAGUGUCAUCCAGCAGAGAGACUUACUCCAGAGCGGCCUGCUCAGCACCUGCAGAGAGCUCUCCAGAAUCUCAGCUGAGUUGGAGCGAUCGUGGAGGGAGUAUGACAAGUUGGAAGGAGAUGUGACUCUGGCUAAGAACAACCUCCUGGAGCAGCUUGAAGCACUGGGAAGCCCUCAGACAGAGCCUCCAAGCCAGCAGCACGUCCGCAUCCAGAAAGAACUUUGGAGGAUCCAAGAUGUGAUGGAGGCACUCAGUAAACAUAAAGCUCAGAGGAAUGCUGAUGGUGUGAACUUGUAUGGGCCCAAGAGCAACUUCAGCAAGCACAAAAAUGAGGGCCCAGACUACAGGCUGUAUAAGAGUGAACCAGAGCUCACCACAGUGGCCGAAGUGGAUGAGAGCAAUGGAGAGGACAGAUCUGAACACCCAUCUGAUAGAGAGCAUCCUGGAAACAAAGGGGGGACCUAUCCAGUCGGCAUUGUCCCACCCAGAACCAAAUCUCCAGUGCCUGAGUCUUCCUCCAUAGCUUCAUAUGUCACCUUAAGGAAGGGCAAGAGGCCAGACCCCAGGACGGAGCGUCCACGCAGCGCGGUGGAGCAGCAGCUGUGUGCUGUGGAAAGCGGCCGGCCCAGGAUGAGCGUGGAGGAGCAGCUGGAGAGGAUCCGCCGCCACCAGCAGGGUGCCCUCAGGGAGAAAAAGAAAGGCCUCCACAUCCGGGGAAGCAGCCAGGAGAACACGCCCUCUCGCAGUCACUCAUUUACUAAAGAAAACCAUUUCCGCAGCAUGCAGUCCCAAGUAAGGCGCAGAGAUGAGGGGAUAAGCAGUGACAUUCAGCAGCUGGAGGCCUCACUCAGACAGCAAGAGGUGGUGAGGGAGCAGGAGACACCUGCCGAGGAGAUUGCCCGUCUCAAAGAAGCCUCGCAGUCUGACCACUUAAAUAUGGACCGAGAGCUCUCUGUGCCUGACAAAGUGCUGAUUCCUGAGCGUUAUGUGGAGUCAGACCCUGAGGAGGCCCUGAGCCCUGAGCAGGAGGCUGAUAAGCAGAGGAAAGUUGAUCGUAUCAAAGCCCUCAUAGCCAAAAACAGCAUGCAGAAUGUGCUACCCAGUAUGGCUCUGAGCCCAGAGGAGGACACUGAAGUAGAGGUUACCGUUCAGGAGAAAGAGAAGAUGAUUAAUAUCUCCUACGAGCUGGCAGCAGAGGCCUCCAAACGCAGCAAGCUGGUUGCAGUGAAAAGCCCGUCGUCCUCCUCCCCACCACCCCUUCCACAGUCUCCUAACACACCCCCUCAACUCACUGACGGGUCUCACUUCAUGUGUGUGUAGUAGCACCACACAGGCUCUGGCCUCAGUGAAAACCUACACAUGAAGGGAACAGCAGUGGAGGUGUAAAGACGCCCCUGAAGACUUCCCCGAGGACAUCAGCACAAGGCCACGGCCUACAGAGAGUGAAACUGCCCGCUCCGAACUCGGGGGUGUUAUCCUCUGACUUCUGUAUGCUCACUGUGACGUCUUAAGCUCUUACGCCACCAACAACACUUUCUCAUUUCUCCGUUGUUUCCCCUCUUUGGGGCGCCACACAACACAGCUUUGAUACUGUUAUUGUUGCAGUUCCAUUUUCAGUUUUUACAUGGUUUUUAAGUUUAUUUUUCAUAAUUUAUAUGGUUUUAUUAGGUUCUUGUUUGAAUAUGGGGUAAUGUCUCUCUGUAUAUAUAUGAGGCCAAUAGACUGAGCUCUGUUUUGAGCCUAAUAAGAGCCGAUGAAAACAUGUCUCGGACACAUUUUCCAUACGUUUUACCACCUCUCCUGAAAGGUUUCAACAUAUAUCCACAUCAUUUUAAUUCACUGAAGUCUUUUAUAAGAUACUAACUUUGUUUUUCAGACAUAGGUCAUGCGCUAACCAUUCAUAUUUAUCCAUUUAUUGUAAAGAACAUCUAUCAAAGAGAGAGAUGACUUUAUAAGAGAUGUAGAUCCCUCCAUUACAAAGAAAGGAGGAGCCACUUUAUUGCUGCAGACAAAGAUUAUUUGUAAUUUUUCCUGUGUCUGGGUUGUAAUUAUUUAAAAACGGGAUCUUCUGCAGUCCCUGUCGCAUUGUUGCCGACACAUAUGUGAAUGUUUCAAUCACUCUAUACUGUCUUUUUUUUAUUCCUGAGAGAUAUAUUUAAACUGAGAGAAGGAAAAAAUAAAUCAGAGUUUGGUUCUAUUUUACGACACGUUAGUUUGAGGUCUUGGAACUAAAUAUAAUAAAAAAGAUUAGCACAUGUAAAAAGCAAUAAAGAUACGAUGUUAACAGAUCCAAUUUUGUGUGUGUGUGUGUGUGUGUGUGUGUGUGUGUGUGUGCGCGCGCGUGUUUGUGUACAAAGUGUAAUUAUCAGAGGUUUACUGUGUAUAUAAUGUACAUGGUACUGCAGGAUGGAAAGAUGUAUCCAACGUAUGGUUACAUAAUAGAUUUGAUUUGCAAAUGUUCAUAUUCCAUCUGUUUUAUAUCAUGUUAAAUAAAUGUUGCUGUUCUUAAUAAUGA